AGACAUGGCGGUGGUAUAGAUGCUGGCUGCUUAUAAGAUUGUAUUCUAUCGAUUCUCGAGUUCCCAGCCCUGUGAUAGAUAUCCAACCAGGUACACCAACUGCUGGAGGAGCACUGCGCGCAGGAACAGACUCUGUUAUACACUGGAUCUCUGUGUGUCAACAUUUUAGUUUCCCGAUUCCUUAGAAUUUGUUCUUUAUUCUGAUUGAAUACACACAAAAAAAGAAAACCUCGCUGUAAUAAUAAUUUCCUACGCUCGUGCAGGUGCUCGUGUUAGAGAGACAAGAUUUGUUAAAAAGAUUUUCUUAAACCAGGGAUUUCGAGAGAUAUGGUCGUGAUCACACGGGGGAGAAUUUAAUGAUGCUUACGAAAUUGGCGUCCAGAGACUGUUUUUCCUGUAAACUUGAAUGAGCUUUUGAUGGUAGAUUAGAAGAAACCGUGACCAAGUGACCAAAAUGGCUCAGAACGUGACAGACAUUUUGUACAACGUUACCGGUAACAUCACGGAACUGACCACACUUGGGAUGGCCAAGGGAGAAUCGGAUCAGAUCAUGCAGAAACGGGGACUUGCCGUGCUCUUUAUCGGUCUCUACAUCAUCAUCUUUAUCCUAGGACUAAGCGGAAAUACACUGGUAGUGUAUGUGGUGGUCCGCAACAGAACCAUGCAGACAAUCACCAACAUAUUUAUCACCAACCUCGCUGUUUCUGACAUUCUUAUAUGUCUACUCUCUAUUCCUUUCACACCGCUCGGAUAUUUUCUGAAUUCGUGGAUGUUCGGGGAGGCGCUGUGUCACAUAGUUCCAAUGUCUCAAGCAAUAAGUGUCUAUGUGUCCACGUUGACUUCCACCGCCAUUGCAGUGGACCGAUAUUUCGUCAUUGUGUACCCGUUCAAGCCCCGGAUGAAAGUGAUGAUUUGCUUACUCGUCAUUGUGUCAAUAUGGAUCAUUUCUAUUUCCAUAUCACUUCCACUCGGUAUUUACAUGACACUGACUACUGAGACUUCAGGUGAGCACAGGUGCGCUGAAGAAUGGCCACGUGACCAGGCUGGGCAGUUUUUCACGGUCACUAGUCUUGUUCUGCAGUACGUAGUGCCUUGUAGUAUUAUAACGUACUGUUAUCUCAAAGUAUCGCUGGCGCUCAAGAAACGCUCCAGAACAAAAAUAGGGAGUGGCUCAAAAUGUCGUGAGAGGGACGAACAAGAAAUUCGACGAAAGCGUCGAACAAACAGAAUGCUAAUCGCCAUGGUAACUAUAUUUGUUCUCUGUUGGCUUAUGCUCAAUAUCGUCAAUGUGACAAUUUCGUACAAAAAGAAUUAUGCUCAUUGGUAUUAUUAUACGCUUAUAUUUUUUAUUGCGCACGUCAUUGCUGUGAGUUCAACCAUAUAUAACCCCUUUUUGUAUGCGUGGAUGAAUGAUAAUUUUAGAAAGGAAUUCAAACAAGUUUUGCCUUGUCUUUUCCGUGGUGAUCGGGAGCGACAUGUCAACGGAAGUACCACAAACACUCAGUACACUAACGUGGACAAUCAGCCGUCUGUGCUGAUCAAUCGAUCACCGCAGAGAGAGUCCGAUGAAAUGAACAACAUGAAAAAAUCCAAGGUGUUCUAUGACACGGAAUCUGAGAGAGUCCACCUGAAUCAGCUCAAUGCUGAUACCACCGACGAUUCCGUGUGAACCCUAUUUUUCCAAUGUACUAUUUUUUCAUUCAGAAUAAAACAAAACAAAAUUGAAACUUUUCUUGCAUAAAAACUUCGAUGCAACCUUCAAUAGGAAAGCUUGAAACUGGAUGACCUUGUGACGGUAUAUGAGUAAUUCAUAUUUCGCUCACUCGCGCCGGUACUGUAUGGAAAACAUGAACUAACUUAAAGAAUCUUUAGCAAGAAAAGAUAUCUGAGUAAGUGAAUAACAAAAUUCACAUGGGAUGAGAAAAAAGGAUAAAUAGUGUUUGCAGAAGCAUCUUGGCUCCAAUGGAAAUUAUAGCCGCAUAGUUCAGGGUCUCUAGGUGUACUGUUAUAACAAAGGCCUGGGUCGAGGCACGUUUUGAAGACUCCGAGUAGACUGUACACAAUUCCGUAUGGAAAAAAACUUUCAACUGAUUCAGAAGUUUGAUGUAUGUAAUGAAUGUUUUUCUUUCUUUUAUCUCGCGAUGAGUGCGCCGUAUUCUACGUUGGGGAAGCACCUUAGGUCCCUGUGCUUCACGCCGUAGACACCGAGUCCUCUAGAUCUGAUAGGAACUGUAACUCUAGAUCCUGAAUAUACUGUGUAGUUGGGUAUUUCGCGUGCGUUUAUAUUUCGUUUUUAGCUGAUUUUUUUUGUAUCUCUUAACCCUGUAAGUUAGUAAAGAAAUUGUUCUCGUACAUCUGUUAUCUAUUUUAAGAAAAUGAUGUCAAUUUUAAUGUCUGCAUUCGGAACACCUCUACACAGUACGGCAGUAAACUUUAUAAUAUCCUUUUCCUGUUUAUUAACGGAGGAGUUCAUUGAUGUGUGUAAAUGAGAUGUUUCGGUUUAGAAAAAAAAAUCGUUCAUUAUGCUGUAAAUUUUUAUUGUAACUUAGGUGUUGUUGAAAUAAAGAAGUCUUUUAAUCUU